CUAGAAUCAUUCUAAUUAUCAUAUUCUAGUUUUCAUUAAACCACCAAGAUCUACUCUGGCCCUUUCCCUUUGUAGACACCCUCUAUUACUACGCAGACAUGACGACCAAGGAUCUCCCUCAGUAUUACCCUAAUACCUUAACCCCUCUAGAGAUAGAUCAACAGUCCUUGACAGACACCCUCAAGGCAUUACAAGUUGCUGUUAAUCGUGGGGCUAAUCUACUGCAAGAAGGCUGUCCUCCUCAGCACGACUGGGGGGAAACAUACAACACGGGCUGUUAUGUGGGAUUUCCAGGAAUUGCUCUUGCCUUCCUUCGAGUGGACCAUCAAAUCAAGGCGCUGAGCGAUCGAGACGUCGGGCUUCCCCUUGAUUUUCGCAGGCUUGCGAGUGAGCGGAUCCUAUCCCAUGGGCCGGAGGUGCCAUUAUUUCCCGAGAGAGUAUCCCCCUUUGGCUCUUCUAGCGUGCUAGUGGGGCCAUUACUGCGAAUUCUUGCAGCUGCGCAAUCAGGCGCAGCGAUUUCGGAAGCCGAUAUUGAAUGUCUUCGAAAUGUCGUGCAGGUGGCCCUCAGCAAUAGCCACAUGCUGCCCCAUGGUACUCAGCUGACUGGCACCGACGAAGUCUUGUAUGGUCGGGCGGGACUCUUAUGGGUUGUACUCAGCAUUAGAGCCCACAGGUAUGACGAGCAGACCGCAGGCCUUCUGGCGUCCGUUCUUGAAUCUGUUCCAAAGAUUGUCGACGCGAUUGUUGAAGGAGGACUCCAAGGCAGAAAGGACUACACAAAGAAACAUGGGGAGAAGGAUGCGCUGCCGUUGAUGUGGCACUGGCAUGAAGACCGGUACGGCCUAGGAGCGGUACACGGAAUGUCCGGCAUACUUGCAGCCCUCCUUGCCUGCAAUCCAGAAGAGCUACACGAUGGCGCUUCGCGCAAUUAUUUGCCCCUGAUAGCGGACACCAUCACAAACCUCUGCAAAAUAUGCAUUUCCAAUAACGGGCACCUCCCAACGAACCUUCCUGACCGUGGGCCUUCAUCCCAUCGCUCCUCUCCUCUUGUCCAAAUUUGCCAUGGUAGUCCUGGCAUCCUAGCUCUUAUGGCAAGCGCCAGAAGGAAUAUACCCUUGGUAUCUGACUAUUGGCAGCCCGAGUGGGAUAUGGCAAUUCGCCUGGCGAGUGAGCGGGUCUGGGAGGAAGGGCUACUCUCCAAAGGGGGUGGAAUCUGUCAUGGUAUUACCGGUAAUGCUUGGGCCCUGUUGCUUCUUCAUGACAGCUUCCAGUACGAUAAGGAAGAGAUGGAGACCGCUAAGCGCAACUAUAUGGGACGAGCGCAGACCACCAAUACGGCGGUAGUGGAGAGCGGGCUCACCGGUGACUAUUUCCUGUCAAGAGCGCUGUCACUCAUGCUGCACGCGCGGGAGACACCUCCUUACCAUAACCCGACCUCGCCAGCCUCUAACAUCUAUCGACUGCCAGAUCAUCCAUUCUCCCUUACAGAGGGUCUGGCGGGUGUUGUCUGCGCGUGGGCAGAUGCAUGUGUUACUGUUCAGAUGAGACUGCGAGACAUGCUGCUACAGAGAAAAUGGCCAGACAGCGAUUCGUCUUUGAAGACAGACCCAACAUUCAAAGACCUUGAAAGCUUGCGAUUAGGAAUCCCGACCCUUGCCUACCACCGAGCCACGGCAUUGCCUUGAGAUAUGGAAUGAAACAGGAGAUCAGUUGAGCCAGAAAUGACCAGAAAGACUGUAGGGACGGCAGUGUAUUUGGACAGCCCAUAUAAAUGUGGGCUAAGCGCAAAGGAAAUAACGUCU